UCCAUCCCCAAGCCGCAUGAAAGUUGACGAAAAAAAAAAUAUUGGAAAAGUUCUCGAUUGUUGGUGAAUCAAAUAUAAUUGUUUUAUAAAUACCACUCAAGUCCAAUAUGGCACGAAAAAAUGCGCAGGCGGAGGAUCUCUCGAACGUGGAGUUUGAGACAAGCGAAGAUGUUGAGGUGAUACCCACCUUCAAUGCCAUGAACCUCAAGGAGGAGCUGCUACGCGGCAUUUAUGCGUACGGUUUCGAAAAGCCUUCGGCUAUUCAACAGCGCAGCAUCAAGCCGAUUGUGAAGGGACGCGAUGUUAUUGCCCAGGCACAGUCCGGCACAGGCAAAACAGCGACUUUCUCCAUAUCCAUACUGCAGAGUCUGGACACAACGUUGCGGGAGACACAAGUGCUGUGUCUGUCGCCAACACGCGAGUUGGCUGUGCAAAUCCAAAAGGUUAUUCUGGCGCUGGGCGAUAUGAUGAAUGUCCAAUGCCAUGUGUGCAUUGGCGGCACCAAUCUGGGUGAGGACAUACGCAAGCUGGACUACGGUCAGCAUAUUGUUAGUGGAACACCUGGACGUGUUUUCGACAUGAUCAAAAGACGUGUACUUCGCACAAGAGCUAUCAAAAUGCUGGUGCUUGAUGAGGCUGAUGAGAUGUUGAACAAGGGCUUCAAGGAACAAAUCUAUGACGUAUAUCGUUAUCUACCGCCAGCUACUCAAGUGGUGCUCAUCUCUGCAACACUGCCGCAUGAAAUACUGGAAAUGACAUCCAAAUUCAUGACGGAUCCUAUUCGAAUUUUGGUCAAACGUGAUGAGUUGACUCUGGAAGGCAUCAAACAGUUCUUCGUGGCUGUCGAACGCGAGGAAUGGAAGUUCGAUACACUUUGCGAUCUCUAUGACACUUUGACCAUCACACAGGCUGUCAUAUUCUGCAACACCAAGCGCAAGGUGGAUUGGUUGACUGAAAAAAUGAGAGAAGCCAACUUUACAGUGAGCUCCAUGCACGGCGACAUGCCGCAAAAGGAGCGUGACGAGAUUAUGAAGGAGUUCCGUGCUGGCCAGUCUCGAGUCCUCAUCACAACUGAUGUCUGGGCGCGCGGCAUUGAUGUUCAGCAAGUGUCUCUGGUCAUCAAUUACGAUUUGCCGAACAAUCGUGAAUUGUACAUUCAUCGCAUUGGACGUUCCGGUCGUUUUGGCCGUAAAGGUGUUGCGAUUAACUUUGUCAAAUCCGAUGAUAUUCGCAUUCUUCGCGAUAUUGAGCAAUACUAUUCAACGCAAAUCGACGAGAUGCCCAUGAAUGUGGCGGAUUUGAUUUAAAUUUCAUUUCUACUAACCUAUGUAGUUGCUUUACACAUUGUAAAACUGUAAUCCACUUUUCUUAACAGUAGCUAAUACUGCGACAACUGAAGUUAAUACAAUAGAAAGAGUAUUUGUCAUUCACAAUACACCAUAAUCUGUAUAUGUAAUAAUAAAUAACAAUUAGAUUUAAUACA